ACAGACAUAGCGGAGGGCCCUACCUUUAUAUAUAACAUUGGACGCUCCCUCGCUUUGCGCAUGCGUACUCAAACAUACCAUUACCAUGUCAAACCCAAGAAAUGAAACUGUUCCUCUGAAAACUAACUGAUGAAGUGCUGAACGAGCAGUUUGGAUCGCUGGAGUGACGCUUAGGGGCUUGUUAAGCAGCAACAACAACAACAACAACAACAACAUGUUUGGUAAAAAGAAGAGAGCUCCGCAGCCCAGAGGCCAAGGCGCUGCUGCAGCCAAGCAGAUGGGUCUGUUUGUAGACCUGGAUCCUGAGGAGAUGAUGAUGGGUAUGGAGGGGAAUCUGGACGACCCGGACCUGGAGGCUGAACUUGCUGCUAUCACUGGAAAUAAGGCUGCUGCUGGAGGAAGAGCCAAGCAGAAGGGGAAAAGCCCGCUGCCCAUGGAAGACAUCGCAAGAAUGGCUGACGAGUGUAUGAGAGAUGUGGAUGACGAUGAAGAUGACAGUAACCUGGAGGAGGAUGAAGAUUUAUUGGCAGAGCUACAGGAAGUGGUGGGUGAGGAGGAAGCUGAGGAUGCUGUAACUGUUUCGUCCACAUCUUCUGCCACUGCUGAAACCCCAGAGACCCCACCGAUGCAGCAGGAAGUAAAGGUCUCCUCAGCUGCUCCCGGCAGCCUCCAACACACCCUGGAGGAAAGAGUUGUCAUGUACAAGACGGCUUUACAAAACGCCAAAACUGCAGGGGAGACCUCCAAAGCCAGGAGAUACGAUCGAGGUCUAAAGACUCUUCAGUCGAUGGUAGCUGCCGUUAAAAAAGGGAGACCCGUGAACGAGGCGGAGAUCCCUCCUCCUGUUUCUGCUGGAGCCCCGAGUGCCGCCUCUCAUCCUGCUGUUCCCCAUCGACCUGCUCCCCCUGUGCCCUCGCCUGCUGACCCCACUUCUUCAGAUCAGCAGGGGGAUUCGGAGGCCACGACGCCACCGCCUGCUGUACCGGAGGUCGUCUCCCCCAGCAGUGAAGAGGAGCGGUCGUCCUCCGCCAUGCUGCCCACUCUGAGCACCGUCCCAUCUCCAGAGGAGCACACAGAGGACCAGCCUCAGACCGGUCUGACACAUGCGAACGAGGCGACCAAGACUCUGCUUUUGGAGAGGCAGAAAGAAUACAAGAUGGCAGCUCUGAGAGCCAAGAAGGAGGGAGACGUGGAGCAAGCAAGGCUUCACCUCAAGACCGGCAAGAGGUUCGAUGCGGUGAUUGAGGCGCUGGAGAAAGGACAAGCGAUCGACCUGAGCGGCCUUCCUGCGUCUCCAGGACAGGCAGGAGGAAGCUCCGCUCCAGUGAAGGAAUCUUCCUCCGGGCAAAACAUAGAAGUCAGCCAACUGGUUACAGCAGUUCCAGCAGCUGCCCCCCCAUCCGCCUCUGCAGCGCCCAAAGACGUGCUGGAGGCUCUCGAGCAGCGACGAGCCAAGUAUGUGGAGGCGUCCAAUCAGGCCAAAGCCGGCGGAGACGACCGCAAGGCCCGAAUGCACGAGCGUAUAGCCAAGCAAUACCAGAGUGCCAUCCGAGCUCACAAAGCAGGAAAAGCGGUGAACUUUGAGGAGCUGCCGGUUCCACCUGGGUUUCCUCCCAUCCCGGGCCAGAAGCCGACCGGACCGGAGCAGGGAUUCAUAGCUGCGCUGGAGGCGGCAGAUAAGCUCGCCUCCGCUGAUGCGACUGAAAUAGCAGAUGAAGAAGAAGAUGAGGACAAGGAAGACGAAUCUAAGCUUCCCGAAGAGCCAAAGAAGCCCACGUUAGAAGUCCCCGCCGCAGGACAAGAGCGGAAAAGGACUCCGUCAGCUUCACCCGACGGGACAGCCACCGGGGAAGGGCUCUCACUAACAGCGGGUCAGCAGCUGGAGUUCCUGGAGGGCAGGAAGAAGCAGUACAUGAAGGCGGCUCUGCAGGCGAAGCAGAAGAACGACAUGGAGCAGGCCAAGAUCUUACUCCGCACCGCCAAGGGCUUCGACCCCCUGAUCGAGGCGGCGCGCAGCGGCAGGACUGUGGACAUCAGCACGGUGCCGUCGCCCCCUGGUGACGAAGACGACGACUUCAUCCUGGUUCAUCACAGCGACGUGCAGAUCUCAGAGAAAGCAGAGCAGCUUUACACUCAACUGGCCAAGAUCCUCAAAGAGCAGCACGAGAAAUGUAUGACUCACUCCAAGCAGUUCACACACCUGGGGAACGUCACCGAAACUACAAAGUUUGAGAAGAUGGCGGAGAGUUGUAAGAAGAGUCUGGAGGUCCUGAAGUUGGCUCAGUCGAGAGGUCUGCCUCCUCCUAAACAUCACUUUGAGGAGAGAUCGUUUCACACGGUCAGAAUAUUUCCAGACCUGAGCAGCACUGACAUGGUUGUUGUCAUCGUCAAAGGGAUGAAUCUUCCAGCUCCUAGUGGAAUCCAAACUAACGAUCUGGACGCCUACGUCAGGUUCGACUUCCCCUACCCCAGCACGGAGCAGCCGCAGAAACACAAAACAGCCGUAAUCAAGAACACGAACUCGCCAGAAUAUAACCAGAGCUUCACCCUGUCAAUCAACCGCAACCACCGCAGCUUCAGGAGGGUGGUGACGUCUAAAGGCCUCAAACUGGAGCUGCUGCACAAAGGCGGCUUCCUGCGGAGCGACAAGCCGAUCGGGACGGCCCUGUUAAAGCUGGAGAAACUGGAGUCGCAGAGUGAAAUCAGGGAGAUCGUAGAGGUGAUGGACGGUCGUAAGGCCACAGGAGGUCGUGUUGAAGUGAAGAUCCGACUGCGGGAGCCUCUGAGCGGACAGGACAUGCAGACGAGCACCGAGCGCUGGCUGGUUAUCGACCAGUCACAGGUUCUGAUUUAGAUGCUGCUGCACGUUUGAAGAUGACUCGCACGAUUAAGAUUAAAUUGACUCAAUCAGGAGUUUGGGAUGUGACUGAGGACGGUGUGUCGCUCAGAGACGACUCAGACCUACACUCGUCUUUGACUUGUUAAAAACCAUUUGCACAUUUGCAAGACGCAAGAGUUUCCUUUUCACACUGCAGUCCCCCCAGGAGGACACGGGGAGCUGGUGUACUGUAGGUCAGCUGGUCUGCGGAUGUAAACUCGUGAUGCAUCAGUGCGGACAACAACGUCCUUAGAUCUAGCAACAGUUUCCCAAAACAAGUCUCCUCGUGUCUCCUGGACACUGCUGAGGGGCUCAGUGUCGAGCUAACCUGAUCCUGCUGCCCGACAUGACUUUAGUUAAUAUAAUAUAAUAUAUAUAUAUAUAGAAUGUGUACAUAUUCCUCAUAUUAUUACAGCUCUGGUAUCUAGAACUGCAUCUAUGCACUAAUGCCAAAGUAAUCACUGUUGCUGAAAGAUCCUGCAUAUUUGAAUUCACCCUUUAGCUGCCAAACCUGUUACGAUGACACGAGAGUUUGUAUGAGGUUCUUACCGACACGGAAGGGAAGCAAUGUUCUGCUGUGGACGGGGGCAGGAGCCAUAUAAAAAAAUAUUAUAUUUAAGUGUACGCUAUAUUUAGAAUAUUUUCUCCACUUCACCGUCAGACCUUCCCGACCCGGAGCUGAAUAAUUACCUCAUGCAACCCCUCUUCAAAAUCAAAUCCAAACAAUCCCUUUAACGUGUGACGGGACUGCUUUCAUUGUUUUUUUCCGCACGCAUCUGGUUUUCGGCAACUCUCGUAGAUGUUAAAGGAGUAAGCCAAGAAAUAAUACAAUACAAAGGUACAGUUCAUUUCAUUCUUUGACGACCACACUCCCUCUCUGAUCUGUGGCUUUAGGUGCGUUACGUUUAUAUUUCUCUUGUUUACACUUAAUAGCAUAAAACUGACCUUUCAUUGUCAUCUUAAGGCAGACAUCUGUUAUUACACACGUUUAAUGAAUAGUUUGACAUGUUGGUGGAAACGUUUAUUUGCUUCCUUGCAGAGUCGGAUGUUUAAUAACGUUAUAAUCUGAUCAUCGAGCUCAAGUCUGAAAAGCAAAAAGGUGGCACGGCUCCAUCAGCGGCUUCAUUGUUUUAAAGGGACAGUUCACUCAAAUUACAGGAAGGGUUUCGAUCUCCUCACUUACCCGUUGGCUGUAAUAACACCUGAAACGAUGCUGAGAUUGAAUGUUGCGUUUUGACUUUGGAAAUUGCAAUUCAGAAACUUUUAAGUCCCGUGAGAAAAUAAAAGUAUAUUUGAAUAUCAAGCUGUUAAAUUGACCUUUGAUGAUGAUUGUUUCUGUUACGUCUUUUUGCAAUAAUUUGAGUGAACUGAUCUUUGAAAGUAAUGCUCCACAAGAAGCCAUAACAAACAGAUUUACCUCAACUGUUACCGUGGUUACAACAUUUCUGUUUCUCCUUCAAAAAGGAAAACCUCGUGAAUCAAUGCAACGUUAAGUUCAUUACAAACAUUGGCCCAAAUAUUUAAAACAUACUUGUUUAUAAAGAUCGAUGAUGUCAUGUUUAUAUUUAGAAAAAUAAUCUGCAAUAAUAAACUCUAAAGCAGAAUCGAGGCUAUAUUUUGUUUUAAAUUGUUUGAAUUUGCCUUUCCUGCUUCAAAAUGUACCAAUUAAAGAAUCUUGUUUUAAUUUUG